CUGUUCUAAUCUCCAACAUCUCUGGAUGAAAUUUGGUGAGUGUUUUAUUGUUUCAUCUAACAUUUCAUUACCUAUCUGGAAACAUCAUAUUUAAGUGAUUGCUUUGAUAGUUUCCAAAUUAGUAAUUUUUUUCACGAACGGGUUUACUAUGCACAUGGUUUUGGGGAUAUUUUGCUCUAGGAGCAAUGUAUCCCUUUUAAAGAAUGUUUUCAGUUAAUAAUUUUUCUGGUAUUGUUUUUUUUAGAUAAUCAUGCCCAGAAAAUACGUUAGAAGGAUUGACGCACGGCGUUAUAAAGCCUACACUGAAGAUGCGUUGGAAGAAUGUCUGCGGGCUAUAGAGUCGAAAGUUUUAACCCAAAGAAAAGCAGCUGCAGAAUUUAAUAUUCCAAGAAGAACACUCAUCAACAGAAUUAAGGCUAGAAAAGACCGCAAAAAGGUUGGUGGACCCGGAUUUCCACCCAUAUUUAAUGAUGAAGAAGAAUUACAUUUCUGCGACUGCGUUGAAAGAAUGGGCCAGUACGGAUUUCCACUGUCGGAGUUGGAUUUACGCAUGAUUGUUAAAGCGUACCUUGACAAAAUUGGCCGAAAUGUCAAAAGAUUUAAAAGUAAUAUGCCAGGGACAGAAUGGGUUUCCUCAUUCCUGCGUCGUCAUACAAGCUUGUCCAAGAGAUUUGCAGCCAAUAUUAAACGAGCAAGAGCUGCUGUCGAUGUCGAUGCUUUAACCCAAUUUGUUGACAAUAUCAAGGUAGCAGUUGAAGGAGUGCCUGCAAGUAACAUUUGGAAUUUUGACGAAACCAACCUCACAGAUGACCCUGGUAAUAAAAAAGUGGUCGUAAAAAGGGGAACCAAGUAUCCCGAACUUAUCCGCAAUGCAUCAAAAAGUUCAAUUUCCCUGAUGUUUUGUGGCAAUGCUGAAGGUGAGCUGCUGCCGUUGUAUGUUGUUUAUAAAUCGACUUGUCUCUGGACCACAUAAUAAGAAUUAUUCAAGUUUAAGACUGAUUCUAAUGGAGCUACAAGGUAUAUUUUGAUUGAUCUCAAUAAAAAAAACUGUGAUUCUGAGCGAAAUUUGUGUUUUUCUGCUACCCCAACUAUCAUCCAAUGGAGCAUUGAUGAAUAAAGCACGUUAUUUAAUGCUCCACGCCAGAAAUAGCUCCGAAUCCAAAGUAAUCUUGCCUUGGAGCAAAGUAUCCUGCUUCAUACAGAUUACUUUGCUCCAAAAACAAAGUUUUAAAAUAUCGAAUGUAUCAACUAAACUGGAACAAAUUUCAACCUAAAGGGUAGAUAAAGAGUACAUAUUUCCCAGAAAACCAUUGAAAGUACAAUAACUCCAUAUUUAUAAAAGAUGCGAUGCGAUUCGUAAAAGUGGAGCCAAUUUUGGAGCAAAGUAGGACCAUUUUACG